CCACUUUCUUGGCUGCAUCCUGUGGCAGAGGUAGUAAAACCUAUCCACUGAGCAAUAACCUGUUUGCCUCUGAAUCGUCGUGCAUUCCUACCGAUACAUGCUCUAUUACCUGCAGCACUCGUUGCCCUAUGCUGUCUGCAGAUCCCUUUCUGUGAAGGGAAAUUUGUGUAAUUUCACCAUCUCCAGCAGCAAUUUCAGAAUGCCUCAACCCAUAUGCAGUGCCUAUUCAGGGCAAUACCUAGUUCAUUGUAAAGAAACAGCCAGCACCGAGUACAUUUUAAGCAAAAUAUUUCAUACUUUCCCUUCUCAGCUAUUCCUUAGACUAAGUGCCACCUUGCUGCCUUACUGAUCUCCAAACGUGUGGCCAUUCCUAUUAAUUAUCAACUCAAAUGAAGCUUUACCUUCACUAAAGAAAAGUUCAACAAUCUUUUUUUUUUCUUUCUUUCUCUCUCCCUCUCUCUCACUCACUUUCAUUGAACAUUCCCUUAAAGAAAUGAAUGAUAAAGAACCCUCUUAGGUCACCUGACCUUAGUCUCCUGCAGAAGAUAGUAGCAGACAACAGGCUACUCAUCAGACACUUUAAAUGGCCUCGCUGCCAGGCAGCAGUUUCAAGCGGCUCUCCUGGGAGAGGUAGAAAUAUCCCCAGUGCUAGGAACAUUUCCUGCUAGAUCUGCCUUUGGUCUGUUAUUCUAGUUGUGGGUCACAGUGAACAAUCCUUCUCCUCAAUGUUUAUCCCACUCAGAUUCUUUCAGAGUGAACCCCAGCCAUGAACCCCAGCCACGGUUAUUUAAUCAACUCUGACAGCUGUAUUCAGUAUCACCUCUUUUUACCUUGAAACGGGAAAAGAAAUCCCUUUUCUUCCCAGCUCGCAAUAUUUCAUACACUUCUGAAGAAAAGCAAGACUGUGAUACUGUUAGUCAUGUCAAGGAAGACCUUGCUUUAUGAACACUCUCACUGCACAUAUAGAAUAAAAUUGACUUGCACAUUAAAACAGGAAAAUGAAUCAACAUUCGGAUGUCCUACAAGCAUUUGAGUUGCCGUCAUUAUUACAGCCAGCCUACCUUGAGCUCCCUGUCAGUGUGCAGAGCUGCUGUUAUGUCUGCUCAGUUUGCUCCACAUGUCAGGCUUGCUUGCUCUCCCGUGUGCUCUUGCUCUUUCCUUGUCCCCUCUGCUUUUUAAAGACACUGCAGUGCUGUUUAUCUCACUUAUCCCUGUGCCUCUGAGCUCCCAGUACCACUCUGGUGCUAACCACAGGUUACUUCAACUAAACACAAUGCAGAACUCUCACAUCCAGGUGGCACCUGGCAAUUUACGAGGCUUAACCACAAAAUUCAUAAAAACAAGGUCUCCUUGUGUGAGGCUCUAGGGCUCUGAGAUAAGUGUGCAGCCUCUCUGAGGAGCACCUGCAGUGUUAGGACAACGUUUUGCAUUUUGCUUUCUUCUUUCUAGCUUCAGAGCUAGUUUCCUCACUGUCAGCUAUCAGAGAGAAGAACCUGGUGUCUGGUCACACUACAGUCAUGCACCAAAGCUGUUUCACUGAAGGCCAGAGGCCUGCUUCCUGUGUUAACAGCAGUCAGGCCUCUGGGAUCUGGGACCACACAAUGUCUUUUCUUCUGAUCCCAGUAUCCCACUUUCAGAGAUAUUACCUUCCUGAUGGCAUCCUGAAGAUCCCUGACAGGAGAACAAAUCAACAAUAUAAAAGCUAGUUCUGUAUUCUGAGUAACUGGCCGAUAGUACACCAGGCAUAGCCAAGUGUCCACACACGGUGGGCAGUAAAGUUCAGUGCCCACGCUCAGUUUUGACAAAGCAAGUAUGUCUCAGAAACUCACUCCAAGUGAAAGGAAAACAAAUUCUGUUACACAAGAGCACCUUAAAGGACUUUGGUCUCCCCAGAAAAUAUUAUGCAACAAAACGUAAUGAUCCACCAUGCCCUCCCAAAGUGAACAUAUGCUCACGCUCCAGAAGUGCGAGUUUGCAGUAGCAACACUUGCUACAGGUAAAAAUGAUGAGAGGAUUCCCUCCUAUUAGCAGCUUUAGUCUUGUAGAACAACAGUUCCUUCCUGUUCUUGUAAGAUGACAAGUCAUAGAGAAGUGAAGCUAGACCUGGGUCAGUCACUCAUUUCACACUAUGUGUCAUAGGAGAUGCCAAUACCUCCUCAGUAACUAAGUGCAAUUAUUUGUGCCAAAACAAGUAACGUAAUGACAAAGAAAAGUUUGGUUGCAAACCCUGAUACCCUUGGUCAGAUUCUGACCAAAAUCUCCGUGCUGCUGUAGAGACAAGUGCAUGUGAGUGUCAGGGCAAGGCGGAACAGAAAUCACAGUAGUUGCCCCCAAGGCCAAGGCAGGUUAGAGUAAGGUUGUCCUGACUCUGGUGUUUGCUCACCAGUGAGAAGGUGGCAUGGCCCAGCCGUAAGCACAGCACUUCUGCUCUGCCCUUCUUGCCAGGACUUCCUCACAACCUGCCUGCCUUCACUGUCCCCUCACUAGCAUUUGGAGAGACCUUUUCAAAAAGAUAUCAGGUCAGGCUGCAACACCAGAUAUCAAUCAAAAUAACUCUCUGCAGGCUCAUGCUGGUUUCCUCCCUUAUCUUGAAACAGCAGAUGCAGCUCACUGACAAUAUGCAUUGAGGGAUCAGGAGCUCUCGGAGAAGUAGUUUAGCACAUCUGUCCCGCUGCAGCUCUCAUUCAAAACCUCACCCAGGCAGCUGCCCACCGGCCCCAUUCCCUGUGAGACUGAGGUCUGGAGUGAACAGCGCUGGAUGAGAGCAAUCUGAUCAUCAGCACAGCCAGGGCGUUCUGUGUGGCACUUGACCAGCUGCUAUGAGCUUGCUACACAGUGAUAGCAGCUGUGGAGGCCGAGACUUGGAUAGUGGCUGCUGCACAGCCAUGGCCAGUGCCUGCAGCGGGGGAGCAAAAGAAGACAGUGUGAGUGUCGGCAGUGGGACUGGCAACCCGCCCAGCUCCUUCACAGAGGAGACGCAGGGAUACGAUGUGGAGUUCGAUCCGCCCUUGGAAAGUAAAUACGAGUGCCCGAUCUGUUUGAUGGCCCUUCGGGAAGCAGUGCAGACGCCAUGCGGGCACCGUUUCUGCAAAGGCUGCAUUGUCAAAUCAAUAAGAGAUGCAGGUCACAAAUGUCCAGUAGACAACGAAAUUCUACUUGAAAAUCAACUUUUUCCAGACAACUUCGCUAAACGGGAAAUCCUUUCAUUAACUGUUAAGUGUCCCAACAAAGGCUGCUGUUUGAAGAUGGAGCUGAGACAUUUAGAGGAGCACCAGUUGCAUUGUGAUUUCACCACUGUGGAAUGCCCACAGUGCCAAGGAGCCUUUCAGAAGAACCACCUCAAAGAGCACAUGACACAGGAGUGUCCAAGGCGUCAAGUCUGCUGUCCAAACUGUGCCACAUCCAUGGCUUAUGAAGAUAAAGAGCUUCAUGACCAAACCUGCCCUCUUGCCAAUGUAUUCUGUGAAUAUUGCAACACAAUGCUCAUCAGGCAGCAGAUGCCUAACCAUUAUGAUAAUGAUUGUCCUACUGCCCCAGUACCAUGCUUUUACAGUGCCUUUGGAUGUCCUGAAAAGAUGCAGAGGAAUGAACUGGCACGACACAUGCAGGAAUUCACUCAGGUUCACAUGAGAAUGAUGGCUCAGAGCAUUCAGAAUAUCAGUGUUACUGCUACAAACCCUGUACCCUUUAUCAAUGGCCUACCAUUUGAGCCUGCCCUCUUCUCCCAUGUGUCACGUGCCCCGUAUAAUUGUAAUCCAGAAGUUGAAAACUUUAAAGAAACUAUUCAGCAAUUGGAAGGUCGUCUGGUGAGACAAGAUCACCAAAUCAGAGAACUUAUUGCAAAGAUGGAGACGCAAAACACUCACAUGGCAGAACUCAAACGUACUAUCCGAGAUUUGGAGGGAAAGAUUACUGAAAUGGAGGCACAGCAAUGUAAUGGUAUUUACAUCUGGAAGAUCGAGAACUUCAGUGGACUUCAGAAAGCCCAGGAAGAAGAGAGACCUGUUGUGAUGCACAGUCCCGGCUUCUAUACUGGAAAACCUGGCUACAAGCUGUGUUUGCGCCUGCAUAUCCAGUUACCAAGUGCUCAGCGGUGUGCUAAUUUUAUAUCUCUGUUUGUCCACACGAUGCAAGGAGAAUAUGACAGCCAUCUGCCUUGGCCUUUCCAAGGCACUAUACGACUUUCUAUUUUGGAUCAAUCGGAGGGCCCUGAAAGGCAGAAUCAUGAAGAAGUAAUGGAAGCCAAGCCAGAGUUACUGGCCUUCCAGAGACCAACAAUUCACCGCAAUCCAAAAGGUUUUGGUUAUGUGACUUUCAUGCACCUGCAAACUUUGAAGCAGAGAACCUUUGUAAAGGAUGAUACCCUUCUGGUGCGCUGUGAAGUUCUAACGCGUCUGGACUUAAACAGCCUUCGCAGGGAAGGAUUUCAAGCUCGCAGUACUGAUGGAGCUGCGUAACCAAGUCUUACCAGAGGGAUGGAGCCCUGGUCAUACUCUUCCACCACAGAUACAUGCAUGCUCCGUUGCCCACAUAGGUUGAAUGAAUAGGAUCGUAAAUGCCACCAUAGUUGAUCUUCACCUGAAUAGCUCUAUGAGGUCACGUGUUUGAAUACUAGCAAUUGUUCUCUAUUAAAGUUGUAAGCUACUUCUGUAGCAAGCUAACUAAAAGUGUGGUUAAUCAGAACUGAACUGCCUAUAAGAAAAUCCUACUGAAGUACCUAUGCAUUUCUGUUUGACAAAGGGUAAGUCAUACAUAUCAGAAAAGACAUGUAAAUCUUUGCAGCUCAGUGCCUUGGUGUAGAUACUGCAGCAGGGAAAUCGUAGGUAGGUAGGUAAAUUAAUAAAGAUGAGGGUUGGGUUUUUUUUUAUGGAGCUUGGGAAAGCUUUGCCUUGGGUGAGAUGGUUUCUAUAUUGACUUACCUAGGAUUUUUAAUUGACUAUGCUUCUCUUGAAAUCUGAAGUCAGGUUAAGGCUUUGCUGACAUAAACUAGAGUGAGAUGCUUUGACCCUUCUUUACUGCAGUUAGAAGUUGCAAGUCAAUAUCAAAUUGAUAGUAGAAUUUCUGAAAGGCAGGUGGUUGUGAAGAAGGUUAAAGGAGCCAAGCUUUUAGAAUAAAUGUUUGUAAGAUGGUCCAAAAGUGCUACUCCACACUACUCUCUAUUUUGAUCCAAGUGCAUGUGGUGUGCGUAUCCAGGCCCAGAAUCUCAAUCACUGCCACUAGAGGUAAGUAUAGCAUUAGACUGAGAGGUGUUGUCAGUCAGCGGGUAGAUACAUGAGCAAGGGUAUACAGUAACUAGACAGGGUUGCAGAAUUUGUUUUAUUGUUGAAACCUGAAUUUUGAAGCAGUAUUGAACUUGGGAUCUGCAUCUGAGUCAUCCCUUCCCUUGAUGUUCUGGGUGAUACGAGCUAUGUAAUCUUCUCUAAAUACUCUGUGGACAACUGGCCAUGUCAGCAUACAGCUGUUGUGGCCAUUUCCUGUCCCAUUAGACAAUAGGACCUUGGGCCUCCUUAACACUUCAGGAGGGAAGAAAAGCCUAUUAAUCAGUGUGAGGGAAAAAUUGCAGUUCUGUUUGUUCUCAGGAAAAAAAGCCUGCCUUCCUUAACAGUUAUUUAACCAAACACUAAGUUCAUGGAUUUACAAGCUUCCUCACGUUGCAUGUGUUACUGUUUUCUCUACUUCUUGUUUAUAUGCCAUAUAAAUACUAGUUUUAACCAGUCAAAGCAGAGUAGGUAAGUUCACUGGUGCUAAUAAUUUAACAUGGUACUGCUAAAGCAUGGAUCUUUUCCUUCAAAAACAGCAAAGAGAAGUCUUGUUCACUCCCUUCCUGAAGUGUAUAGCCUAAGGCAGAGUAAAGAAGUAAGCCCUACAGGAGCAUCUUUUUUCCAUUAUUUCUGCAAACUAGUGAAACAGGGUAAGGACGUGGGAUGCUGCAACUUAAACGACACUGCAACCUCCUGGGGACCUCAUGCAUGUAAGUGCAUCUACUUAGUCCUGUUUAUAGUAAGGAACAAAUACUACAGUACAUUGAUAUGGAAGAUGGUAGGUGCUUAGAAGUUGCAGGCCUCUACCUUUAUCACUUUGUUCAGCUGGAUACAAUGAACCCAUUUAUUUUGAAGAUAGAGCCUAAUAACUGUGGAGAGGUUGUUCAGUUAAGUGUUGUUGCUACUGAAUACUGAACGUGUGGUUAAUUGUGGCAGACACAAGUGACUUCUUAGUAUAGUUGGUGUGUUUGGAGGACAAGUGAACUUAUAUUAUUCACUAACAGGAAAAGAUCCAUACUUUACAUCUCUUUUUAAACCUCCUAAGUCAAUUUUAAACUGCAUAGUCUGAUAGACUAUAGUCCUAGUGGUAGUUGAGCCAUUUGCAGUGAAAAGCUUUUGAUACAUGUAACAGUAUACAGAUCUGCAAUAGCCAGAAGACAGUUCUUUACACUGUAGAGUAGUUCUGCAGUCCUUUUCAGACUGUUACCCAUGUUUUUCCAAGAUACUCAAACAUUACCAUUCUCCUUUUUCCGGGUGGGUCAGGGGAGAAAGGCAGAAGGACUCAGUUCCUUACUCAACCCUGGUGAUACUAACAAAAGGGCCCUGCCUGUGCUCUAAGAGUUUAUAAUGAAGACCCACUAAGUGCAUUAAUGCGUUCUGUUUGAAGCUUUCUGUUAGGAACUCUCAACUACGACACACUGAAUUCUUGCUUUGAGCCUUUUAUGCUACAUUUGAUAUAGUUCUGCUUCAGAAGGAAACUGUUUGGUGGCAGGUUCAGAUGUUUAAAUGAUUCAGGUUAACAUUGUACAAUAGCACAACCCAAUAGCAAAUAGAAAGCACAAUAGAAAGCACGUAUGACCACAUAAGUAAGAAUGCUCAAGUCACUGCUGCUAUUCUACUCAUUUCUAUUUUGAUAUUAUCGAGUAGAACUCUGAGUGAUGCCAAGUUACUGUAAUGCUAGAGUUCUACAGAAGAAGCUUUGACAGCUAACGUGCAAGUAUUAAUUUCUCCUGCCCUGAAACAUAAAUGUUAGUGACACAUUAAUUUGUGUGUUUGUUCCAGUUCCCUUAUUCUUUCCCCACCUUUAACUGCAGUUCCAGUGCUUUGUCUUCCAAAUAAGAACAGCGUCUUCAGCCAAUGGAAAAAACAGAAGUCUGGAUUGGUCCCACCUCACUGUAGUUUUCAUGACUGUUACCCUUUAUUUAAACUUUCCCCUGGUUGUACUAAGGUGCUCGGUUUCCAUAUGAAAAUACUCUUAAUAGCCUCUUUUUUUUCAAUCUAAUUUGAUCAUGUGUAUUGAAAAAUCAUUAUACCAAGCAGGUGGGUUGAGAACUCCUUAAAAAUGGAAGCAGAAUAGCACGCAGCCUUGAGUUAGUUGUACCUGAAACAAACACAAAAAUAGGAGUAUUAAGUCAGUUUCCUGUAUAAUUUCUUCAGGAAUGAGGUUCUCUACUUCUGCCACUGCUGAUGCUUUGCAGCAUUAUUAGAUCUCAAGGUGUUUUAGUAAGUGGCUUAGCUUCUUUAUCUUCUGCAUGUCUGUCAUCUUGAAUGUGUUUCCAGUCAGACUCUUAGUAUAUGUAUUUGCAAAGCUGCUAUGGCACAUUUUCCAAUUAUAAUAUAUUGCAAAUGUGUUCUCUUUUUGCCUCUGAAUGUCUUCCCCUGCAGGGCAGGGAAAAAUUUACUGAAAAUGUUGGUAUGUGAUGUAUAUGUGGGAGCUCAGAUAGCAUGAGCUACCUCCAUUAAGUGGUCUCGUGGUAUCUCAUGGUAUGCCUGGUUGUGUUUGCUAGCGAGGGCUGAGACUCGCUAAUGAAAGAAAUCAGGGUGGCCUUUCUGCUCUUCUCUAGAGAGACUCUCAUCAUCAAGUACCUUAAUGAUAAACGCAAGAGAUAAUUGUGGGGUCAGUGUUAAAGGUUUGUAUUGGUUUCCAUUUGAACAGAAAUAAGGUACUCUUGUUCCUUUUAAAGUAUCAAUAGAUUAAUAUAUUUUGUAAUUAAUACACAGCUAUAUUUCUGACAGGAUUUUUUAAAAAAUAAAGUAAUUAAACCAUG